GGAAUUAUCUCCCUUGGUUUCUCGUACAGCAGUCGCUUGAAAAGUGGCGAGCUAUCAGCUAGUGUAUCAGAGUGUUUCGGAGGGUCUAACGUAUCACAGCGGGAUGCAGGGGUCCUUCCCCAGGGGGUGACAGCUAUGGCCCGACCCCAAGGGCGCUUGUGCAACUGUAACAUGGGCUGUCGAAGGCAAGAGGAUUGUCGACAAUGAGAAACAUGUUGACGUCGCGAAUGUGAAAGUAGGACACCGCCCACGCAUACAUGUGUGUGUCGCUUAUCGCACUGUGACCGAUAUUUCGCUCAAUCACAGACAUUGGCGCUCAUUUCGAUAGAAUACACAAACUGUAGGCAGACAUUUUAGGUACACAUAUGGACUACUAUAUUCACCGUGGAAGAAAUAUGUGACAGGAAGGUACAUUUUCACGAUUGAACUGACCAAAAAUCCUGUUACCAAAGUGAGCAUCAAAUGGUCAUCUGGCUGUCACUGACCAGUGACAGGUGUGUGGAUGGACCAAUCAGCAUUCUUCUACCCUUUCAAGCCUAAAGCCUUGGUUACCACACUGCUGUCAUGAUUGAAGAUCUGACUGAUUAACUAUGGAAAGGCUGGAAAAGUUUCAGAUAAUUUUCAACAAUCCGACAGCCACCUAUUCUGCAGGAGACACUGUGUAUGGGUACGGAUGGGUGGUUGUCAAAGACCCAGUAUUCGUGGAAACGGUAUGUAUGGAAGCUGUGGGAGAAGCGAAGGUCGAAUGGAUGACCUCGAGUGACAUACAGGCAUCGGAUGAAGAGGUUUUCAACUACACAACUAUUCUCCCCAUUAAAGGUGAGAAGGACAUGAAAGAUGGCGCCUUUCUUCAUCCGGGGUCACAUUAUUUCCCCUUUGAAUUUACAUUACCACAGAGACUCCCCUCGUCUUUUAAGGGCAAGCAUGGCCGUCUACGCUACUUUGUUAAGAUGACAAUAUGCACAGCGGGAGGACCCCACCCAACACGUACCAGUAAAUUUGCCGUCAUUGGUGCCCUUGACCUAAAUGCCGAACCUGACGCAGCACUUCCAGUAGAAAAUGACACAUUUGAAGCCGUGGGAUCUUGGUGCUGUAUUGCUGGAACUGUGACUGCAGCCAUCAAACUCGAACGCAAAGGCUUUGUUAUGAAGGAGGCGAUUCCUGUCUGGGCCGAGAUCAAGAACCUCAGUACCCGCAGGAUCAAGUCAACACAAGUGUCCCUAAUACAGAAUGUGACCUACUAUUCAUAUAGAGGGCGCUUCUCCGAGUCGACGACCAUGGUUACGGUACACAAAGGAGGCAUCGCACCCCGUGGUAAACAGACAUGGCAAAAAGAGUUACUAAGCAUUCCAACAGUACCAGCAUCUCAUCUACGAGGCUGUAAAAUCAUCGACGUACAAUACAGUAUAGAGCUGUGUAUAAAACCCUCAGGAUUUGCCAAGAAAGUUCGCCUGCCGGUGGAUAUUGUGAUCGGAACGGUAUCCAUUGAAGACACACAAUGCCAGAAGGCGUCCUAUCACCCGCUUCCUUCCAUUGUCAGUGACAACAACUUUCCCUACCCAUUCUUUGAGACGCUGUCAGACCAGAUGUAUCUGACAGACAUUUCAUAUCACCAACACAUGCUGCCGACAGCGCCGCCCUGGGAAAGCGAUGACGAUAUUCCCUGAUUUGCUCAGAAACAAUCAUCCACAGGGAUUUUAAUCACGCAACAUAUCGUCCAUGGAUGAAAAUCUCAUUUCGUUGUCUUGGCGACAGAUCUGAUACCAUUGUCAAAAAACAUUGUCCAUUGGACAAAAUAUGUCUGCAUUUGACUAAUCAAUGCUCACGUUUUAUGAGGAUGUGGAACCAGCUAGGGCUUGUGUGAAGUGUGAGGACGAAUUUUUUAUACUAUUGGUGAUGCUAGUCGAUGAGAAGGAAACGGGUCACCUGACCGUCAUGUGAUCACAGGUCAUGGACAAGGAGGGUCAUGCCCUCCAGAUUAAAAACAAAUUAUGUGUGUCAAAUACUCUUAUGAAUGGAAGAAACAGAGGAAAAAUACAACAAGAAUUAUGCCAUUUUGGUAUAGACAUAUUUUCAAGGUCACAGUAAUGACCUUUCUGCAGAUGACCUUGACAAGUUUUGUCAUUGGUCCAAUGAAGAUUUGACCUUCUUAUGACCUUGGAGAAAAUAUAACCUCAUAAUGACCUCGGAGAAAGUUAUUUUAGCCCCAUUGAUGGUGAGAAAUCAUUCUUUCUAUCAGCUAGAAGACAACUUUAUAAAAGAUUGUCGUUGCCAAAGAAAAGGCGUAACCUUGGAUUUUACCUGGAGAUUAGAAGAAUUCAUACACGGAGGAAUUGUCACCCGAAGUAACAUGGUGUAUAUAUGUGUUUGUUUCCAUGGUAACACAUUCAUAUAAUCAUUGUUGUCAUUUGUCAGCCAUUUUAGACUCAUCAUAGAUCCUAAAUAUAGAAAAUGUAGAUAUCAAUACCAGUAUAUAUGAAUAUGCUUUCAGACGAGUUCUUAACCACAGACCUGCAUGUAUGUUGGAAGCUGAAGGUUACUAUUAUUGUAAAAUUUCAUGAGAUACAUCAUAAAUCCCCAUUUUCAUCUCGCCUGUAUUUUGACUCUACUAUUUGAUAGGGAGCUUAGCUGUUUAUACUAAAAAUGGAGAUUAUUCAUGUGAAUGAAGGUUUGAAAUGUCUAAUACAGAACUAAUAACCGUGGAUUUACAUAAUUUAGCUUAUAUAUAGUCAUAGAGACACAUUUUGAGAGAGUCCGAAGGAGUUCAUGUCUCUAAAACUAUGUAUCUUUAAUUCAAAUAUCGUUUUUUUUUAAUUUAUUUUUUUAUCAUUGUUCAAGCUUCAGGUACAAAUGCAUAAAUUGUUAACGAGAAUUUCUUUUUCUAGUUCAUUAUUUCAAUUUGUUUGCUCUGUAAUGUGAAUUACAGUUUGUAAUUAUUUAUCCAUUGCACGAUUUGUUAUAUCCAGGUUCAAUGUCUAGAUAAUAAAUCAAAUCAGAAAGUUUGUAUCUCUGAUAUUUUCAUAAUGAUAAACGUUAAAAAUAGCACAUGAUUAUAAUCUUCUGGGAUUCAAAAUUGUUACCAGCUGGUAAAAUUUAGUUUGAAAAUAUAUUUAACUAGAAGUUUUGAUUUAACUUAAGUCAUUAGCAGAAUGAAUCUUGAUACAGCAAGGGAAACAACUCCAAAACCUUUAAUUAACUCCUUCACCCCUGCAUUUUUAAACUGGACUUGCCCAGUCUUUGAUUUGGUAAGGUUCAAAUGGUACUUGAAGGGUAAAUUGGUUAAUAUAUAUCCAAGCUGAAAGGGGGCCCGCGGUUGCCGAUUGGUUAAGGUGUCUAACUGCCUACUAUCACUAGAUCUCCACCACUGGGUCAUGGGUUCUAGUCCUACGAGGGGCAGUUGCCAGAAACUGGCUGCAAGUUGGUGGUUUUUAUCUGGGUGCUCCGGUUCUCCUCCAACACCUGGCUCGUCCUUAGAUAACCAUAGCUAUUAAUGGGGACAUCAAGCACAAACAAACAACAUAACGGUGUUUUUGAUCUGAGGUGGAUUUCGGUACACCUGUACUCACAGCCUUGCCUGAAGUUUCAUUGAUAAUCUGAAAAACCCACGGUAGGUUUUACACUAAGUAUCUUAUGACUUUUAAUUCUAUUGAAAUUAAGCCUGAGGCAUUCAGGUUCUAUGGAACAGAUUUAUUUAAUUCUGUGGCCUUGAUGUAAUUAAAUGAAAUGUAACUAAUCUACCUACAGCACCCAAUCCACGGAGAGAAAUCAGGUUUAGGGAAUCAGCACCCAAUCCACGGAGAGAAAUCAGGUUUUGGGAAUCAGGUUUCGCUUAGAUGAAAUUACUGCAUUUAAUUAUCAACAGUGAGAUAUUUAUGAAAUGCAAAAAAACUGGGACCCAACAACUUACUAGAAUGAUGAAUCAAACAGACUGCCAAAAUACAUAGGUUUUAUUUGAUAGUUUUUGUAAGAAAUUAGGCUACAGCUGAAUGUUGGAUAAGGCAGGAUGUCAGAAUACUCAGGGGUCAGAAAAGACAGGUUUCCCUGUACACAUUUAAAGAGUCAUGUCAUAUACUACAUGAUGUUGUAAAUUUUUGUGGUAAUGUUGUGGUUCCAGCAUAGCUCAACACUCCAUUGCAUAAUGGUGUCUAAUUACAAGUGCUAAAUGUAUGAUCUAGCAUGCUAUUAUAGAACAGUAUCACUUAAAACCAAGUGCUUAAUGUAUGAUAUGCAUGCUAUUUAAGUAUGAUAAGGAAAAACGAAGUGCUAAAUGUGUGAUCUAGCAUGAUACAUAUUAUACUAUUAUGCAAAGCCAAGUGCUAAAUGUGUGAUCUAGCAUGCUACAUAUGAUACUAUAAUGCAAAGCCAAUUGCUAAAUAUGUGAUCUAGCCAACUAUUAAGUAUCAUGUAAGUGAGUGCUAAAUUUCUGAUCAAGCAUGUCAUAUUAUGCAAUACUUUAAAAUAAAGUGCUAAAAAUAUGAUCUAGCUAUUUAUUAUACUAUAAUAUACCAUAAUUUUUUAUUUUUCUUAUCUAACAUGCUAUGUACAACAAAGUGCUAAAUUUGUUAUCUGGUAUGCUAUUACACUAAUGUAAAAGUGCUAAAUUUGUUAUCUGGUAUGCUAUUACACUAAUGUAAAAGUGCUAUUUUUUUAUCUGGUAUGCUAUUACACUAAUGUAAAAGUGCUAAAUUUGUUAUCUGGUAUGCUAUUACACUAAUGUAAAAGUGCUAAAUUUGUGAUUGAGCAUGGUAUAACACUGAAAUGUAAAAGUGCUAAAUUUUUGAACUAGCAUGCUAUUAUAAUAUGUAAAACAAAUUGCCAAAUGUCUGAUCUAGCAUGCUAUUACGUGACAACAGUGCUAAGCAUGUGAUUAAGAAUGCUGCCAUGGUAUACGUUUAAGUGGUAUUGUUUGUGAUUUAGUGUGAGCACCUUACAUGAAAAGAAAUACUUACCUGGUUUUAUUUUGUUCACUUCAUGACACAUACCUAUAAAAACUUACUGCUAAGUAUGUGAUACAGUUCAGUAAUACACUGUUAUGGUAUACGGUUAAACAACAUGUUCAGUUGUGAAUACAUUCUCUGUGCAGUGCCCAGCGUUCUGUAUAACCUUGUAAUCUAAAUGACGUGGCCUGUUAAUCCCUGUAAGAGGAUCUUUGCAUCAAAAACCAGUGUCAAUGUACUAUGUGUUAUAAUACUUUGCUUGUUCAAACACCACAUAACUCUUAGAAACUACAAGUGCUAGACUAAAAAUAGCAUCUGUUGGUCAUGAUCAGCUAGUACUGUUACUAAAAGCUCAUAAUGCUUCGUCUGAUUAUACAGGGUGUAUAAUCAAAACCUGACUUAUUCUUGGCAUCGUAGAUACAAUAAGACAUGCCUUACACUAUAUAGAUACAAUAACACAUGGCUUACACUAUAUAUAUAGAUACAAUAAGACUUGCCUUACACUAUAUAGAUACAAUAAGACAUGCCUUACACUAUAUAGAUACAAUAAGACAUGCCUUACACCAGUCUAGGUCAGUAUACAUGGUUGUACUGUGUUAUAACUUCUGUAUUGAUCAUUACUGGUUAGGAGACGGCAUGUAUAGGUACAUGUGUGACAUACAGAUGCUGCUCAUAGGCCUAUAAUCACAGUAAUACAUUUGGAAUACAUCUCAUCACCCUGACUGCUACAGUACAUACUAGAUAUAGGAAAGCGUUUCUGUAUUCAAAAGGUUUCAGUUACAACAGGGAGAAACGUUGAUCAGAAAUGAAUAUAUAUAGAUUCAAGAUUGUGAUUCCAGAGAGAUAUUCAGAAUUUUUAUUUUUUUAUUUUUUUUUAUACAAACAAUACUGCUUAUAUUGUUUAAUUAUGCUGCACUAAUUUCUUUUUAUAAAUUUGAGUUCAGGAUUUAUCUCCCCUCACAAAUUAUUGUGAACAUAAAUAUCUAACUAAAUACAACAGAUGUAAAGUACAUGUACAUGUACAUGCUAUACCCACCUUGUCAAAUUGGUUUUAGACGAGUUUGGUAAGGGUGUACAAGGCCAAGAAACAUUUUAGCUUGAGUAGACAUUCAGGAGACGCAUCACCUUUUCCAUUACGAGAAAUGUUAAAGUAAUUCAUCCGCCUAUAACCCAGGUACACCUGUUCUGUCUGUCCACUCAGGAAAUUAUUUCAUCCAAUCAAAAGUAGGAUCACGUUCUUCCGUAUAUGUUGUUCUGUGUGAAGCAUCGUCUCUGUAUCAAUCACCCCAUUUCCUCUCAUUCCUUUGUACAAUAUCCCAAUAAUUCAGUUAAUCCUUCCAUUAUGCUCACAUAUCGUUCUUCCAGAUGUAUUUUGUAAAUGUUUUAGCCAGUAACUUUGAUUGUUAAGCGACUGCUGUAUUUUUUCACUCACCCACAGGUAGAUAUAUGUUUUGUGCAAUAACCAAUUAUCAGACCAAGACUGCACGUCCCUGUUACUUUUGUCGAGUGCGACUUUGAGUUACCAUGACAACCAAUGCAAUGAAGACCUACCAAAGACUGUCUCUGUCACUUUUAUCCAAUAUGACCUUAUCCAAUAAGACCUAUGUCUUGUGUGACCUUGAGUUACAGUGACAGCUAGUCUAGACCAGCCAAAAACAGUUAAUGUUACUUUUUGUCUGGUGUGAACUUUAGUUACCAUGACAAGUAAAUAAACAGUCUAUACCAAUAAAAAAAACACCUGUUACUUGUCAUGUGUGACCUUGAGUUACCUUGACAGCUAAUCUAGACCAGAUAAAAACUGUCCCUGUUACCUUUAGUUACUUUGAAAACCAGUCUAGACCAACCAAAGACUGUCCUCGUUACUUUUGUCUUGUGUGACCUUGACUCACCCUGACAACCAGUCUAGACCAAACAAAGACUGUCUUCAUUACUUUUGUCUUGUGUGACCUUGACUCACCCUGACAACCAGUCUAGACCAAACAAAGACUGUCUUCAUUACUUUUGUCUUGUGUGACCUUGACUCACCCUGACAACCAGUCAAGACUAACCAAAGACUGUCCUCAUCUCUUUUGUCUUGUGUGACCUUGACUCACCCUGACAACCAGUCUAGACUAAUAAAAGACUGUCCUCAUUGCUUUUGUCUUGUGUGACCUUGACUCACCCGGACAACCAGUCUAGACUAACCAAAGACCGUCCUCAUUACUUUUGUCUUGUGUGACCUUGACUCACCCGGACAACCAGUCGAGACCAACCAAAGACUGUCCCUGUUGUUGUGUCUUUUGUAAACCUGUGUUACCAUGACAACCACAAUCAUUACUAGACCAAUCUUUGACUGAUUUGGUAAACUCUGUACAGUGUGAAUGUUAGCUGCAAUGACAACCACAUCAAUCAAUUACUAGACCAAAUAACGUGUAUACUUCUACCAUUGUGACCUUUGCUACCGCAAGUGUUGCCAAGUAUGUUCAUAUAUGACCUUGUAGCGGGUAAAGAUGAUGAAUUUUCUCCUUGUUUCCUAUCCAAGUAUGUGUUGUUCACAAAAAUGUUCACCUUUGAACUUUGAACCAAUCUUGUUACUGAAACGUUUCCUCAUUUCCUCUUUACCAGACCUAGAGGGUUAUAGAGAUGUUAACCUUUCACCUUUAACUUUGUUUUCACCUUUGACCUUUAACUUUGUUGUAAAUCUUUUAUGUUUUGCUUGAUAUUUAUAUAUAUAUCAAAAGCCAUGAAAAGAAAUUUCUUAUGAUAUCUGUCAAAUGUUAGCAUUUUAGUUGAAAGCUUUAGAUUUUGUUGUGUUUUCCUGCUUUUUUCUGUGAUAGUGUCCUUUUAAAAGUUAGUGUUUGUUGUUUCCUUAUAUAAUACCGGUAUUGCCAAAAUUGUUAAAACCAUAUAGUACGCAUUAAUUAUGUGAUGAUGUUUUAAAUGAUAUAACACGAUUGAUGUAUGUCUUGUACCUGUUUUUAUAGUUCUCACUGUCCUGAUAACAAUAACGGUAUAGAAUAUUUUUCUUGAUUACUCCACAUUGUGAAUAUACAGUAUUGGUAUACAUGUGUCAGUCGAUUCGAACUAAAUUUGUGAUCACACCGUUCAAACAUGUCAUUACUACAAUGAUAAUUUCAAAAUAUAUAUUUCCAUGUAGAUUUAAAUAGUAAUUAAUUAAUUAGUAGUAAUUGAUUAAUGCUUACUUCUUGAAAUUUCAUGGAAAAAUAAAAAUGUGAAUGGGAAGAGACAAUUCCAUUGUGUUAUAAUGUUGGGAAUAUUCAGUUGUAUUCCAAUUAUGAUUCAUACAGAUAUAUAUCUGAUUUUUCUAUCUUGUCAGAAAAAAUAACUGCACAUAAUAAAGUAAGAUCUACUUUCCUCAAAUGGAAGACUGACUUCAGGGAAAUAUUUCAGAAAUGUGGUAAAUUGAUUUCAAUGUUUGUUUUCUUUUUUUUUAUGUUUUAAUUAAUAUGGUUUUAAUAUGAUACAAGAUGUCGGGUGAUCUUGAAAUCCAUGUUGCUUCCACAUCACACAACUUGUAUAUAGAAAAUACAUUCUUCAAUUUUUUGAGAUGGAGUCGUUUAUUAUUAGAAAUAAUGAAGAUGAAAAUUAACAAUAUUCUAAGUCUAAAAAUGCAACAAGGCAUGCAGACAGUGAUUAGAACGAUAGGCCCCCUCCACAGUGAUUAGAACGAUAGGCCUCCUCCACAGUGAUUAGAACGAUAGGCCUCCACAGUGAUUAGAACAAUAGGCCUCCACAGUGAUUAGAACGAUAGGCCUCCACAAUAAUUAGAACGAUAGGCCUCCACAAUGAUUAGAACGAUAGGCCUCCACAAUGAUUAGAACGAUAGGCCUCCACAGUGAUUAGAACCAGGCCCAGUCAUGCUAGGGUUUACAGUUGCACCCAGAUUAAAAUUAAGGGGAAGUACCUGGAUGUAAAGAAUCCCAAUGUGGAACUCUCUAGUGUUUUACCUUCAGAGGCACAGUGAUCCUUAAUGUGUCUUUAAUCACAGACUGGCUCAUCCUACUGUAGAUAAUCCCCGCGUAUAGCUUAAUGCCAAAAUAAUUAUUAUAUUACUAUUGAAGUAGACACAGAAACAAUACCAUUGAAAAUAUCUAGAUGUUCUGUUUAUUUCAUGUAGAAAAUACACAUAACAAUCAACUACAUCUUAUCAAUGUAUGAUAGAUUUCAAUCCGUUAUCAUAAUUUCCUCAUUGAAGGUUUUAAUCAAUUAUAUUUUCAUGCAUCAUAUUCCUCGAUAAAAAUAAUUUUAUCAACGAGCAUAUUGUCAUGUAUCAUAAUUUCAUCAUUAAAUAUCAUUUGUUUGUACCAUAUAUAUAUGUGCUGACUUAAAGCAAUCAAAUCAUGUUCUAUUUUCUGUACAAGUGAGCUGAAGGAACCUGAACGCAAGGCUAUGCAACAAGGGGAGAUCACCCUGAUAAGGGUGAAUGUGAUACCUAUAUAUGUGUGUGGUGUAUGGGGCGACGCCCAGCACCUCGCAAAUACCAAUAAAGUAAAAAAUAAACAAUUCAAAAGUGUCAGUGUUUUUAUUAUGCGUCUUGAGUGUUUUUUUCUAAAAAGAUUAAAAAAAUAAUGUCAAAUGAACGGUUCAACUCUAUUUAGAGUUAUCAGGGCCACACAUUUAGAGAAAGUGGUACUAUAUUUAAAAUUAUCACCUUGUCUGUUCGUCCCUUAUUCAUUUCUGCAUGAUAAUUCCUA